GUCUUCAAACUUUCAAGCCCACAAUCAUUUAAAAUAGUCGCAUGACAAACUCGAAAUAAUAUUUUAUUUAUUGAUUUAUGCCUUUAAAUUAAAAACACAAUCCUUCAAUUCUAUACUUCCCUCGUGAUUUCCUCCGCCACCACUAUCAUCAUCAUCAACAAUCUCUAUCUACCCAUCAAAAAGCUAAUCCUCUUUUCAAACCCCCCAAAAAGAUGUUCCUUUCUUCAAACCCAAUUCUACUAUUGGGUUUGAUCAUCACUGUCUCCUAUCUACUUCUCCGAUUUCUACACAAAACAUCUAUACUCUACACUCUCAAAAAAUGGUGGCGAUUGAUCGAAGAUAGGUCUCAUGUUUACCAGUUCUACAAAGUUCCCCAAUUCAACGAACUCAUGCAGGAAAAUCAACUCUAUAGAAGAGUAUUCGCUUACUUGAAUUCUCUAUCUUCGAUUGAAGACUCCGAUUUCGCGAACCUUUUUUCAGGUAACAAAUCGAACGAAAUCAAUCUAUUUAUCGAUCCGAAUCAGAUUGUUGUUGAUACAUUUCUCAGCGCCAGAGUGUAUUGGAGUUGCGAGAGAGGUUCGAGAUCGAGAGCUUUGGUUUUGAAGAUCAGGAGGAGCGACAAGAGGAAGAUUCUUCGUCCGUACUUGCAGCAUGUUCACGCUAUGUUCGAUGAGAUUGAGCAGAGAAGGAAGGAGGUGAAACUGUACAUAAACGCUGGGGAUGAACCGGAGAGGAACGGACGGUGGAGAUCGAUUCCGUUCACGCAUCCAUCGACGAUCGAGACGGUUGCGAUGGAUUCGGAUCUCAAGAACAAGAUCAAAUCGGAUCUCGAAUCGUUCCUCAAAUCGAAGCAGUACUAUCACCGACUAGGCCGAGUCUGGAAGCGGAGUUACCUCCUCUACGGUCCCUCCGGUACGGGAAAAUCCAGUUUCAUCGCCGGAAUGGCAAAGUUCCUCUGCUACGAUGUCUACGAUAUCGAUUUAUCGAAAGUUAUCAACGAUUCAGAUCUGAAGAUGCUCUUGUUGCAGACGACGAACAAGUCGAUGAUCGUGAUCGAAGAUCUCGAUCGGUACUUGGCUGAGAAAUCAACGGCUGUGAGUUUGUCUGGGAUUUUGAAUUUCAUGGAUGGGAUUAUCUCGUGUUGCGGCGAAGAACGAGUCAUGGUAUUCACGAUGAACGGUAAAGAUCGGAUUGAUCCGACGGUGCUAAGACCCGGAAGAAUUGAUGUGCACAUACACUUCCCUCUAUGCGAUUUCUCGGCUUUUAAAACUUUGGCUAAUAGUCAUUUAGGGCUUAAAGAACACAAGCUUUUUUCUCAAAUCGAAGAGGUGUUUCAAACCGGGUCGAGUUUGAGUCCGGCUGAGAUUGGGGAGAUCAUGAUAUCGAAUCGGACCUCACCGAGUCGGGCUUUAAAAUGUGUCAUUAGUGCAUUGCAAACCAACGGUGACGGGAGUCGGGGGAUGGGUAGGGUCGGGCAACGGUUGGGUGAGAGCACCUCGGGUCGGUUUGUGGAAGAAUGUGGUGAGCCCGGAUCCAUAUUUUGUCGGGAAGGUGUUCACACCAUGAGAGAGUUUAGGAAAUUGUAUGGACUUUUGAGGAUGAGGAGUGGUAGGAAAGACUCCAUGGAUUUGGAUUCAGUUGAGAAAGAGAACUCGAAGCAAGAAACUUGACAAGGAGAUGGUAAAAAAAAAAAAAAACAUGGGUAAGUCGACCCAUUUUCACAUAGGAAUCUCCAACUCCUAGAUUUAGAAAUAAAUAUCAAGUGUAUCAGGAAUAUUAUUUUAGUUAAGAAUCCGUAAAAAAAAUUAGAUGAAAUAUCUAUUGUUUUUCAUCAACAAUUGUCGUUAUAUGUAUUAUUUUUACUCAAAAUCUAAAUGGUUGGUUGGAGUA